UGAAAUUAAAAUGCCUUUGGUUGAAUUCCUAGAAGGUGAUGCAACAGGUUGUUAACUGACAGGUGAAUUUUUGUAACUUUAGCUAUCUAGAAUAGAACUUCAGAUCUAUAAGGAGCUUAUCGCAAGGUUUGCCCCUGAUAAAAUGGCCACGUCCAAGGACCGGGCGAUCUUGGACAGCAUUAUUAACCCCUUGCUUCCCAAUGAUGAAUUUGUACCACAUAAUGAUGUGCAAGAAGACACAGGUCAUGAUUCUGAAGCUGUAAAAACAACAAAAGAAUUCGAGAAACAAGGUGUUAUAUUUGCUGAGUCUGGCAGAAUGGACCAAGCCUUGGAAAUGUUUGGCAAAGCUGUUGAAUGUUCACCAAUGUGGGCAUCAGCCUAUAAUAAUAGAGCUCAGGCUUUUCGUCUUCUGAAAAGAAAUGAAGAAGCAAUGAAAGAUCUGGAUAUGGCAAUACAACUCAGUAAUGGGAAAGGCAAAGCAGCAUGUCAGGCUUACUGUCAAAGGGCUAUGCUAAAUCAUUACACAGGCAAUGAGGAACUUGCCUUCAAGGACUGGGAAUGUGCAAGUAACCUUGGAAGCAAUUUUGCUAAAAAUCAGCUCAUUCAGAAAAAUCCCUAUGCAGCUUUGUGUAAUAAAAUGCUAUAUGAUGUUUUUAAAAAUGUGAAGGAAGGAACAGAUAUUAAGUAAUUACCUACCAAUUAGGUAAUGUGGUGCAUACAUGUAACAUUAUGCUCAAUCAACAAAACGUGAGAUUUAACGAUAAAUUUACUUCCAUAACGAAUCUCUAAAUAGGCAAUGGAGAGAAUAGUAUUGUGUAUUCGACCUAGAUGGUAAGCGGUGUACCUUGAUAUUACUUUGUACCAAUCUAUAUCUUGGAUGUUAAAAUGAUAAAUAAACGAUCAAACAAGUG